GGGUUAAGAAAUCAAAGUUUGCGUCGUUAGUCCAUCCCGAUCGACGUCGUUUGGCAGCCAGUGCUCCCCGCUUCCGGGCGGUUUUAAAUACCACCUCCCCUUUGAACACUCACCAUUUCCGUUCUCCCUCUCUUUAUUCGCUUCCACGAGCUUCACUGCGUUUGCCAAAGAAUCUCAAGUCUUUCUUCACGUAAUUUGCUCCGAUUCACUUUCGACAACUUCAACUUUCUGUAUACUUCUCAGAAAACUUGUUUCUUUUAGAUGCCAGUCGAGAGUUCGAAUGCAUCUGAUCGGGAUGCUGAACCAUUUGUGGAGGUUGAUCCAACUGGACGGUAUGGGCGGUAUGCUGACCUCCUUGGUCAUGGUGCUGUGAAAAAGGUUUAUAGGGCUUUUGAUCAGGAGGAAGGUACAGAGGUGGCCUGGAAUCAGGUCCGGUUGUACAAUUACAGUGACGACCCAACACUCAUAAAUCGGCUUUACUCUGAGGUUAAGCUGUUGAGGCAAUUGAAGAACAAGUAUAUCAUUGUUUGUCACAGCGUUUGGAAGGACGAGGCACAUAGCACUUUGAAUUUUAUCACCGAGGUGUGCAAUUCUGGAAACCUGAGGGAGUACAGGGAGAAGCAUCGCCGUGUGUCACUUAAGGCUCUGAAGAAGUGGUCGAGACAGGUGCUUGAGGGAUUGGAAUACCUCCAUACGCACGAGCCGUGCAUCAUUCACAGAGAUCUCAAUUGCAGCAACAUCUUCAUCAACGGGAAUACUGGCCAGGUGAAAAUUGGUGAUCUGGGGUUUGCAGCAAUAGUGGGAAAGAACCAUUUAGCACAUUCGAUUAUAGGUACACCCGAGUAUAUGGCACCCGAGCUGUACGACGAGGAUUACACAGAAAUGGUGGAUAUAUACUCGUUCGGGAUGUGCUUGCUGGAGAUGGUGACAAUGGAGAUACCAUACAGCGAGUGUGACUCUGUUGCCAAGAUAUACAGGAAGGUGACAACGGGUGUCAAGCCUUUAGCCUUGAACAAGGUGACUGAUCCGGAGGUGAAGGCGUUCAUUGAGAAAGCCAUAGCCCAGCCGAGGGCAAGACCUACAGCCUCUGAUCUUCUCAAGGAUCCCUUCUUGUCCGAAGUCAGUCAGUAAGAGCCUGACCCGAGCUUGUGAUGGCUUUUCGACACUUGUGAUCUUUCAAGACCUCGUUUCAUGAUAUUGGGGUUUCGUCUGGCUCUCAUUUCUGAACCAUCACAAGCGAUUGACGGGGUUUCUGUUCAAGUAUAUGCCUCUCUCUCUCUCUCUCUCUCUCUCUCUCUCUCUUUUGUGUAUUCUCUCGUAGUUCUUGACCUGUGCAGUACUAUUACAUGGUCCAUAGUGAACUUGUUUUAAGAGUCUUCGAAGAUAUUAUGGGAAAGUUAGUGAUGUGGUGACGGUUCAAUUGAUCGCAUAGUGAACCUCAUUUAUUAAGAAUGAAUAAGCAACUGCUAUAUAAUGUGUUACAUCAGUUGGGAAAAUAGUCGGUGCUCUUUAUAAUAUUAUUUAAUAAGUGUUUUAUUUUAUAUA